AUGCCGAAGAAUCGUAACUAUGUGGCACCAGAAGGAACACUACCACCUGUUCUUUUGGUAGGACAUGGCGGCCCCACCGGAAUCUCUACAGACGCUCUAGAUUUGAAGAAACAGUUCUUUACCUCUCGUGGAUUUGCUGUAUUGGAUGUCAAUUAUCGCGGGCUGAAAGGACAAUGGGGUUUGGUUGACCGUGACGAUAUGAUCGCCGCUGCACAAGCAGUAAUAGAAAGAGGUCUGGUGGAUCCUGAGAAAGUAUAUCUUGUGUUAUCAUCUUUAUUACAUUCCGACGUGUUUAAAGCCGCUGUUUCUAUAUAUGGUGUGGGCGAUCUCGUUGGACUUGCUAAGGAUACUCAUAAAUUCGAACGCGGCUACAAUGAAGUACUAAUAGGCAAGUACCCGGAAGAUAAGGAAGUCUACGAGGCGCGUAGUCCAAUCAACCAUAUUGAUCGUCUACGAACACCUAUUGCAUUCUUGCAUGGUAAAGAGGAUACGGUAGUGCCUGUAAGCCAGAGUAUCGAAAUGUACGAUAAACUACGAGAGAAAGGUGUUACGACAGCAUUGAUGCUGUUUGAUGACGAAGGACACGGUUUUCGUGGUGCAGACGCAGUGCGAAGAAGCUCAGAGGCUUCAUACGUGUUUCUAUGUAAAGUACUUGGCAUAGAGCCGUCCAUAUCAUCAGAU